AUGCAUGGGUCUGCCUUGGGGGAGUUCUCUGGAAGAAAUUUUCAAAAUAUGAUGCUAGUACAUAAAGCCAUAGUGAAAACUUUGGUUUCGCAGAAUAAGCGAUUGCUUGAGGAGAAUGAGAAGUUUGUGAAAGAGAAUGUUAUGAAGAUGGAGGCAACUUUUCGAGAAGUGAAAGAUUUGAAGACUUUGAUUUUGAAUGAUAACUCGGUUCACAAUGCAAAUUUUACUUCUUAUAUAAACACUUUGGUUGCACAUUACGACACUGAAGCACAUAUGGUUGAUGAGAUCUAG